GAAUAUCGUACGGGUGAAGACGUCUUCUGCUCGUCUGGCUCUGGCUCUUACUCCCAUAACAAAUAAUAAACCGAAUAAUCGAGCAUAGUGAGACAACAUAAACAACAAUAACGAAUAAUAUGCAACCAUCUAAGUAAUAUUCACAAGAAAAACGAAAACAACAAAACGCCACGAAUAACCCAGUCGGAGAGCGGAAAACUUUGUCAUAAAUAAGUUUACGGCGAAACCUCCAUAUUACUUCAAUCACGAAACCGAAAGCAAAAAAGGAAGCUGUGGAAGAUUGAGUUGCUGCCACAGUUACCAACCUGACUUGCCGGAGUGUUACUGCUCUACAAACUGACAUUCAGAGUUCUGCCAAUGAUGCUGAUGCCGCUUAAAGGCAAUUCCCAAUACAAAAUGCGGUGUUCGCAGCUCAUCUUGUUGUGCGCUUUGCUCGUAGUAAUAUUUCUUGGCUACACAAGCGCAGAAACAAAGUAUCGCACUCCUGCCCGGAUAUUGGCCAAGCAAACGGGGGCCACUCAAUUCGAGGAGGAACGCUAUGAGGCACACUCAAACUGCAACGACCACAAGCACCACUUGAAGAAGCGAGCCUCCGAUGAGGAUGUGGACUACGAGGUGUACCAGGGAGUGGUGGGUCGUCCGGGCAUCGACUUUCCCAUCUACCCAAGGAUUCCCAAGACCUCGUUUAGCUGUCGUUCAUAUGGCAACGGUUACUUUGCAGAUAUGGAAACGGACUGUCAGGUAUUUCAUAUCUGCGAGGAGGGCCGCAAGAUAUCCUUCCUUUGUCCGAACGGCACCAUCUUCCAGCAGAGCGAGCUCACCUGCGACUGGUGGUUCAAGGUGAACUGCCUGGGAUCCUCGGGUUAUUAUGCAGAAAGUGCGGAGAUCCUCAACAAGCAGCGAGUGCAUCGCGUGCGUCCUUCCGUUCCCGUCCAGGGAUUCAACAUCGUGGGCGGUGGACUGAACAUUAAACCGAAGGUUACUCCAGUUGCUGGUCAAGCGAGAGCUGGUCCUCGCUCGAAUUCCGACAGACGCAUUGAUUCCACGGAGGACGUUCCCGCUUCAGUGGAGAGUGUGGACUUCGACGACGUGUCGGGUGAGAAGCAGCGGAAGGUCCUGCCCAGCAUCGACAACAACAGCAACGACCACGAGACCCAGAUCACUGCGGAGAGCUCCUCGUUUGUCAGUGGAUCCGCCAAGCGGAGAACGAAUAAGGAUAGCAACUUAAAUCGCAACAGCAACGAUGACAAUGCGGUUUUGAAACCCGCUCGGAUUAGGACUCCAGUGGCGUCCCAGGAAAGGGGAGUUUCCACCGAGAGAGCAAGGAACGGACAGAGGGGACAGCACCGCUACAGUGGCAGCGAGGAGCACAGCAAGGAGCGGGAGAAGCCAAUUCCCAGCCAGCCAAAGGAGAAGCCCGAGUUCUUCGAGGCCCACUCCACCCGAUCAGUGCCACAGACCACUCCCCACUACUCCACUGGAAGCCAUGUCACCGUGCGCCGACUGGAGGCCACCAAGACUACGCCUUUUUACACACCCACUGUUCCAAGUCUUGUGAAGUCGAAGAGCACCGAGGGAAAGCUGAACUACAUCAAGGGUGGUCAUGCGGCCACGACUCCCAAUCCCCACAGGUUCGGUGGCGCCAGCUCGGGAAUCUUCCUGGAAUCCUCUUCUGCACCGAAGCUUAGGCCAACUGCCAGUGCCAGCAUCGAAGUGGACAGCACUUAUAAGCCAGUGGUCAUCGGAAUGCGACACCACUACGACGUGGCCAGCUCCGGGGAGUUCCGAGCGCCAGCGAAGUCCACCGAGAGCCGCGACUAUCUGCCAACCACUCCGGCUCCCUCGGCCACCAGCAGCGGUCCCACUUAUCUGCCUAAGAGCGCCAAGUCCCCCAGGGGAAAUGCGGCAGCUGCAGCUGGCGAGGAUGUCCUUCUGUUUGCCCCAAAUCCCGUGAAGGAGGAGUCCGUCUACCGCAACGUGCAGGAUAUGCUGAAGACCAUGAACCUGCUGAAGGAUCAGUUCGAGGACGUGGAGCUGAAUGGCGCGGCAGCAGCUCCCGCUAGAGUAGGACUGGAGAUUCCACCCUCCUCGGGACCAGAUGCCCUCGUCUCCUUCGCCAAGUACUUUGCCCAGGAGCACAACGAAACCUCUAAUGCUGUUGGCAAGUCAGAGAAAUCGGAGAAGCCAGACAAAACUGGAGUGAAGACCAAGCUGUCCGUGAAGCCACCUCCGCUGCCGACUAUCAAGCCAUCGGACACCACGGCACUACUGACCACUUCUGAGAAUCCCCCUGCCAUCAGUGAAAAUGCGGAUGACAUCAAGAAGAGUCUGUUGAGCGACACCACCGUGAAGAAGUACAGCAAUCUGUUUGGUCUGAAAACCGCCCAAGGUCGCGAUGCUGGAGAAAGUGACAUCAGCUCGGGUCUGCUCUCCAAUCAAAAUGCGACCCAAUCUGAUCAGGGAUCGAAGUACCAGCAGUUCCCACAAAUUGGCAGCACGGGGUCCACAGUUGGCGCUCUGGCUGAAAAACCCGAGUCCCGCAAGAUUGCCCAGAUCUUCUCGAACGCCUUGUCCAGUUACCUGGACAACCCAGCUACCUUCCGAGCGGAACUGGCCGCCCGAGCUCGUCCCACGGAACCGCCAAGCACACCUAAUUUCAAACCCGUGACCACCACAGAUCCCUCGCUCUUUAGCGACGGAACAGCCAAGUACUACCUGCCCACCAAGGGAUUGCCAGAUGCCACAACGCCCACGCCAAACAGCAUUGCGGCGGAGAUCAACCACAAGUUCGACUCGACCCAGGCUCCGGACUACUCCACCACCACGGAGCUCUACGAGGGCAGCACUAAUCGCGGCCAGGAGCUGGAGUUCUCCGGGGAGCUCUCCCCACCCAGCCAGGAUUCCGAGGAGUUCCUGCAGCAGCAGCAAACGCAGUCGUUCGUCAAGUCCCGCAACGAUCUGCUCAAGGAAGCCAGGCCCCAGAAACUGGUUACCACCCAUAAACCCACCGAGCAUCCGUGGGCAUUGAAGUCGCAGACGGACUUCCUGGAUCCCCUGACCAUCAACGAUGGGCUGAUGAAGGAGCAGAGGACCACCACCAGCAGCACGAGCUCCACUAGCACCUCGACUUCCACCACAGCGGUUCCGUUUGUUCACAGGACGACCAAUCCAACACCAUCGCGCUACGAGUGGGAGGACAUAUUCCGGAGCUACGACAUCCCCAGAGAUGCCUUGCCAUCGAGCAGCGGUCUCCAGAGGAUCGCCAACAAGCUGUUCGGCGGACUUAACGAACAGGAGGCGCUGCAUCUGCGAAAUGUGAUGGCCAAGGCGGAGCACGACCGCCAGGUACUCAGUCUGCUGCUGCUGCUCAUCCAGACCUGCGACGACCACAACGGCAAGGCGCUGGAGAGGAGCAGGAAGCACCUGCUGAACGCCCUCAUCGACAUCGACAGCAAGAGCGCCAGGCAGCGGCUGGCCACCACCACGAACCGCGUCCCGGUGACCACGUUCCGACGAGGUGGCUCCGCCGGCGGCGAGUACUUCACCAGCACCACGCCGGGCUACACGACAACCACGGACCUGCCCACCACCACGGGAUCGGGCAGCUACGAGGAGACCACCAAGUUCGAGAUUCGCGUCGAGGAUCUGGAGGAGGGAACGACGACGACGACGGCCCCGCUGCUGGAGGUCAACUCGGACCGGAGGGCCCUGGAGCUGCUCAAGUCAUUAUAUUCGCUGGCGUCCAAGUUCAGCAGCAGGCGGUAGAGCGAGGAUGGCGGCGGUUCCUAGACCUUGCGAGUUAAUGCCUAACUUUAGUCAACUCCACUUACUCCUCCAACUUUCCAGUUCGAUUAUCUCUUCCUUUGAUUUUCACUCCGAACCAAUUACCAGUUACCAGUUACUUGUUAAUGGACUUCGAUUAGCCAAUGCAGUUCGCGCAAUUAGUUUGUAAAUAUGUAAUCGAAAUACUCGAGGACGAGGGUCCUGAAAAUACUCCCGCGCCCGAAGCAGGCAUAGACUUGGUUGUUCCUGAUGCCCAGCCAAGCAGUUUCCGUUUAAGAUUAAAACCGAGAGUUGUAUUAAAUAGUUUCUUACUGCUUAGUCUUAACGAACGAGAACACUUUCCAUCCAAUAACCAGUGUCCAGUAUCCCGUAUCCAGUAGGAA